AUGUCUAUGGAGAGCGGCCCUGGAACGAGACUGAGAAAUUUGCCAGGAAUGGGGGAUGGACUAGAAACUCCACAAAUGUCUACCACGCAGGCCCAGGCCCAACCCCAGCAAGGCAAUACUGCAGGCAGUAACCCCCCACCCCCUGAGACCUCCAACCCCAACAAGCCCAAGAGACAGACCAACCAACUGCAAUAUCUGCUCAAAGUGGUGCUCAAGACACUAUGGAAACAUCAGUUUGCGUGGCCUUUCCAGCAGCCUGUGGACGCUGUCAAGCUCAACCUCCCUGAUUAUUAUAAGAUUAUUAAAACUCCUAUGGAUAUGGGAACAAUAAAGAAGCGCUUGGAAAAUAACUACUACUGGAAUGCUCACGAAUGUAUCCAGGACUUCAAUACAAUGUUUACAAAUUGUUACAUCUACAAUAAGCCAGGAGAUGACAUAGUCUUAAUGGCAGAAGCUCUAGAGAAGCUCUUCCUGCAGAAGAUCUCUGAAUUGCCCUCAGAAGAAACCGAAAUUGUUAUAGUCCAGGCGAAAGGACGAGGACGUGGGAGGAAAGAAGCAGUAACAGCUAAACCUGGAGCCUCAACGGUACCAAACACAACUCAAGCAUCAACCCCACCCCAGACACAGACCCCACAGCCGAAUCUUCAGCCUGUGCCGACAACUCAUUCCUUUCCCUCCGUCACCCCCGAUCUUAUCGUUCAGACGCCGAUAAUAACGGUGGUGUCUCCCCAGACUCUCCAAACUCCGCCGCCCCCGCCGCCCCCUCCUCCGCCCCCUCCGCCCCCUGCUCCCCAGCCAAUUCAGACCCAUACACCUAUUCUCACAACUGCAGCACAGCCCGUGAAGACAAAAAAGGGGGUGAAGAGGAAAGCGGAUACUACCACCCCCACCACCAUGGAUCCCAUUCACGAAUCGCCCUCACUCGCCGCCGAGCCGAAGUCUGCCAAGUUGGGCCCCCGCAGGGAGAGCAGCCGCCCCGUGAAGCCUCCGAAGAAGGACGUGCCCGACUCUCAGCAGCACGUGGUGGAAAAGAGUAACAAGAUAUCAGAGCAGUUGAAGUAUUGCAGCGGCAUCAUCAAGGAGAUGUUUGCCAAGAAGCACGCGGCCUAUGCCUGGCCCUUCUACAAACCUGUGGAUGUGGAAGCCCUGGGACUGCACGAUUAUUGCGAUAUCAUCAAGCACCCCAUGGACCUGAGCACAAUCAAAUCCAAACUAGAAAACCGGGAAUACAGAGAUGCUCAGGAAUUUGCUGCGGACGUCCGAUUGAUGUUUUCAAAUUGUUACAAGUACAACCCUCCCGACCACGAGGUGGUAGCCAUGGCCCGUAAACUGCAGGAUGUAUUUGAGAUGCGUUUUGCAAAGAUGCCUGAUGAGCCCGAAGAACCAGUGGUGGCCGUGUCCUCUCCUGUGCUGCCGCCCCCCACCAAGGUCGCGGCUCCCCCGUCGUCCAGCGACAGCAGCAGUGACAGCUCCUCCGACAGCGACAGCUCAUCUGACGACUCGGAGGAGGAGCGCGCCCAGCGCCUGGCCGAGCUUCAGGAACAGCUCAAGGCAGUACAUGAGCAACUUGCUGCUCUCUCCCAGCCUCAACAGAACAAACCAAAGAAAAAGGAGAAAGACAAGAAAGAAAAGAAAAAGGAGAAGCACAAAAAGAAAGAGGACGUCGAGGACAACAAGAAAAGCAAAGUCAAGGAACCACCUCCCAAGAAGGCCAAGAAAAGUAACAACAACAACAACAGUAAUGCCAGUAAGAAGGAGCCCAUGCCCGUGAAGAAUAAGCCCCCUCCUGCCUAUGAGUCAGAGGAGGAAGACAAGUGUAAGCCAAUGUCCUACGAGGAGAAGAGGCAACUGAGCUUGGACAUUAACAAACUUCCCGGAGAGAAACUAGGCCGGGUGGUCCAUAUCAUCCAGUCACGAGAACCCUCGCUGAAAAACUCCAACCCUGAUGAAAUCGAAAUUGACUUUGAGACCUUGAAGCCCUCCACCUUGCGGGAGCUGGAGCGAUAUGUCACCUCGUGUUUGCGGAAAAAGAGGAAACCCCAAGCCGAGAAAGUGGACGUGAUCGCCGGCUCCUCUAAAAUGAAGGGCUUCUCGUCCUCAGAGUCUGAGAGCACCAGUGAGUCAAGCUCCUCUGACAGCGAAGACUCAGAAACAGAAAUGGCACCAAAAUCUAAGAAGAAGGGUCACCCUGGGCGGGAGCAGAAGAAGCAUCACCACCACCAUCAGCCUGUGCAGCCGGUGCAGCCGCCUCCGCCCCUGCAGCAGCUGCCGCAGCAGCCGCCACCCCCGCCCUCGAUGUCUCAGCAGGCGCCGCCUCCCCCCAAGUCCCCUCCUCCCCCCUUCAUUGCGGCCCAGGUGGCUGGCCUAGAGCACGCGCUCCCAGGGAAUGUCUUCGAUUCCAUCCCCCAUUUCCCCCAGCCCAUCCUGCAUAUCCCUCAGCCUGAGCUGCCUCCUCACCUCCCCCAGCCUCCUGAGCACAGCACUCCACCUCAUCUAAACCAGCAUGCGGUGGUAUCUCCUCCAGCUUUGCACAACGCUCUGCCCCAGCAGCCAUCGAGACCCAGCAACCGAGCCGCCGCCCUGCCUCCCAAACCGACCCGCCCCCCGGCCGUGUCGCCCGCACUCUCCCAGCAGCCCCUUCUCCCUCAGCCGCCCUUGCCCCAGCCGCCCCAGGUCCUGCUGGAGGAUGAAGAGCCCCCCGCCCCGCCCCUAACCUCCAUCCAGAUGCAGCUGUAUCUGCAGCAGUUGCAGAAGGUGCAGCCGUCCACACCUCUCCUCCCUUCCGUGAAGGUGCAGUCCCAGCCCCCGCCGCCUCUCCCCCCGCCCACCCAUCCCUCAGUGCCGCAGCUGCAGCAGCACCAGCCCCCGCCGCGGCCCGUCCACAUGCCGUUCCCCCCGCAUAUUCAGCAGCAGCAGCAGCCGCCACCGCCGCCGCCACCGCCGCCGCCUGCCCCCCAGCAGCCUUCUCACCCACCCCAGGGGCAGCAGCCGCCCCCACCACAGCCAGCCAAACCUCAGCAAGUCAUUCAACACCACCCCUCGCCCCGACACCACAAAUCUGACCCCUACUCGACGGGUCACCUGCGGGAAGCUCCGUCCCCUCUCAUGAUACAUUCCCCCCAGAUGCCCCAGUUCCAGGGCCUGGUCCAACAGUCACCGCCUCAGCAGAGUGUCCAGACAAAGAAGCAGGAGCUCCGGGCAGCCUCAGUGGUGCAGCCCCAGCCCCUGGUGGUCCAGGUGAAGGAGGAAAAGACCCACUCGCCCAUCAUCCGCCACGAGCCCUUCAGCACCUCUCUACGGCAGGAGCCCCCCAAACACCCAGAGGGCAUCAAGGCCCCGGCGCACAUCCCCCAGCGGCCCGACAUGAAGCCACUGGACAGCGGGAAGCCCGUUAUACGCCCUCCGGAGCAAGGCGGCCCGCCGCCCGGAGGCCAGGACAAAGACAAGCAGAAGCAGGAACCCAAGACCCCCGUCGCUCCCAAAAAGGAUUUGAAGAUCAAGAACAUGGGCUCUUGGGCUAGCCUGGUCCAGAAACAUCCCACCACCCCCUCCUCCUCGGCCAAGUCGUCCAGCGACAGCUUCGAGCAGUUCCGCCGGGCCGCACGGGAGAAGGAAGAGCGCGAGAAGGCGCUCAAGGCCCAGGCGGAGCAAGCAGAGAAGGAGAAGGAGAGGCUGCGGAGGGAGCAAGAGAGAAUGCGGAGCCGCGAAGACGAGGACGCUCUGGAGCAAGCCCGGCGGGUGCACGAGGAGGUGAGGCGGCGCCAGGAGCAUCAGCAUCAGCAGCAGCAGCCGCCGCCGCCGCCCCAACAGCAACAGCAGCAGCAGCAAGUGGCUGCAGCAGCCUCUGCUCCCCAAGCACAGAGCUCCCAUCCCCAGGCCUCUCAGUCUAUGCUGGACCACCAGAGAGAGAUGGCCAGGAAACGAGAACAGGAGAGAAGGCGAAGGGAAGCGAUGACAGCUACCAUUGACAUGAAUUUCCAGAGUGAUCUGUUGGCAAUAUUUGAAGAGAAUCUUUUCUGA